AUGGAUUCCAGACAUCCACGUCUUCCACCACGCAGACCAACUCUGAUUCACAGAGGUUCUCCAAAACGAUUCUGUCUAUGUACCGAGAGAAACGUGCUUGAUGAAAAUGGGAAAGUCAGAAAAUGGACUUAUGGUGUAAAAGACACUAGUAAACAAAACAAAAGUGUUCUGCUGGUGGGAGAGACUGGCACUGGUAAGACGACACUCAUCAACAGCAUGGUCAACUACUUACUGGGAGUGAAGUUUGAGGAUGAAAUAUGGUAUGAAAUCACAGAAGAAGCAGUCAGAGAUCAGUCAGAAUCACAAACCUCUGAAAUCACCAUGUAUGAGGUCUUUCAUGUACAGAGUCCCAUAUCUCUCACCAUCAUUGAUACUCCAGGCUACGGAGACACUAGAGGACUGGACAAAGAUCUAGAAGUUGCUGAGAAUUUAGCCACUCUGUUUCAGAGCAAUGAUGGAGUUCGUGAAGUUGAUGCUGUGUGUUUUGUGAUUCAGGCAUCUAAGAAUCGUCUCUCAGACAGACAGCAUUACAUUUUCAGUUCAGUUCUGUCUUUGUUUGGAAAAGACAUUGUGAACAACAUUGUGUUUUUAAUCACACACGCUGAUGGUAUGGAACCCAAAAAUGUCCUUGGAGCCAUUAAUAAAGCUAGAAUCCCCUGCAGACGAGACAAAAGUGGCCAACCUGUUUAUUUCUUAUUCAACAAUCGGCAGGCUGAAGGCCGUCAAAAUGAGAGACGUUAUCUUCGUGCUCAAAGAGAUGCCUUUGAAGACAGUGUGGAAGAGAUGAAGACAUUUCUUGAGACUCUGGAUGAAAAGAACAGAAGUAGUUUAGAGUUAACUUCAGAUGUCCUGAUUGAGCGAAUUCAGUUUGAAGCAUACAUCUGCAACUUACAGCUGCGAGUUCAAGAGAUGGAGCAAAAAAAGGCUGAAAAACUUCAGAUUCAGGAGGCAAUGGUGCAAAACAAGGAAAAGAUUGAGGAGUGUAAAAACUUUACCAUUCAAUUUAAAAAGAGUGUGAAAAUAAAGGUGCCCAUUGAGAGCGCAUCAUGGAAGAACAGGAAGGCUACGACCUGCACCGUCUGUGAGGAAAACUGUCAUGAGUUUGGCUGCUGGUGGGUUUCUGAUCCCAGCAAAUGUGAAGUCAUGAAAGAUGGCUUCUGCACCGUGUGCACAGGGAAGUGUCAUCAUAGCAAACAUGUCAAAGAAAACAAGAAAUACAUCGUCAAAAACUCCACCAUAAAGAUAGAUUUUGACAACUUGAUAAAAGAAUAUGAAAAAGCUGAAGAAAAGUCCAAGAUGUUUUCAGGUUUAAAUGAUAGACUUGACCAAGAUCUGCAGGAUAUUGAGGACCAAAGGUCAAUUCUUCUGUUCAAUGCUUACAGAAAAAUAAAGCAUCUGUCUCAAAUCGCAUUAAAACCAGACUCUGCCCUCACUCUUCAGCAUCUGGACUUCUUCAUCCCCAGAGUAAAGGAGGCUGGGAAAGAAACCUGGGUGCGAGAGCUGGAGGAAAUGAAGAGAAACUCUGAAGCUGAAGAAGCCAAUAAAGAUGCUCUGAGUUAUCUUCAGGCAGGUCUGGCAAAACUAGAUCUCUUUUUUAGUGGGCAAUAAAAAAAGGAGAUUAAUCAAUAACAAUGAAAAAACUACUCUGCUACAAAAAACAAAAAAAAAAAAAAAAAAAAAAAACACUUAAAUCACACAAUGGAUCAAGGUUAAGAACAAAAUUAUGUGACAAUAGUCAAUAAAAACCAAAAUCAACAACACACUGAGGGCUGGAUUCAAAAUCACAGAAAAUAACAAUGUAAAAAUGUCUCAGGUUACUUAUGUAAAGAGACAAUGCGUCCUCUAGGGGUCGCUAUGGGGAAUGCCUCGUUGUGAUCCGUGUCUGAAGCACACAUUGAAAAACACCAACAACACAUUGGCCGGUGACAGCCCAUGACACAGCCCAUGACACACAUAACCACCAGCACAUAAAUACAUAUAUAUAGAAUGGAUUAGGGAUGGGCGAUAUCUUAUCGUUUGUGAUAUACCGGUAAAAAUUCUCCCCACGAUAAAAAUUAGU